AAUUUAGAGGCGCUAUUUCCCUUGUGUACUGGAUCUUCUUAUUGUAAAUCAAGAGUGUCGAUUCUAUGGCAGUAUUUAUGUCACUUUGCUUGAUUCUUUCCAUUUUAACAUCUUCUGUACCUCUAUCUGCAUCUUCUCAUACAGAACUAUGCAAUGAUGGUUUUAGCACUGACCUUAUUCACAGAGACUACUUAAUUUCUCCUCUGCACAACUCUUCAGUGACUUACUGGGACCUUAUUCACAAAGCCUUACAGCGCUCCAGGAAUCGUCCUGAUUAUUUCGCUUCCAGGUCAUUUGCUUCAAGGAUGUCCUCAACCUCAACUACACUGCUGAUGGCUUCCAGUGGAGAUUUUCUCUUGAAAAUAUCCAUUGGCACACCAUCUUUUGAGAUCAUGGGCAUUCUUGAUACUGGCAGUGUUUUUACAUGGGUGCAAUGUGCGCCAUGUGAUAAUUGUUACCGUCAAAACCAGCCUCUUUUCACUCCCAGGGAAUCAUCAACUUACAAAGUGCUGCCUGGAAAUUCAAAACUCUGCAAAUCCCUUGGAGGGAGGCCUUCUAUUUUAGGUGACAACACAUGCAGGUAUUCUUUGCAGUAUCUGGACAGAUCUUAUUCUCAUGGUGCCAUAUCUUCGGACACAUUCACCAUAAGUUCUACAUCAGGUACACCAAUAUCUCAACGUAAAUUCAUUUUUGGCUGUGGUUAUGAAAAUUUAGGCAACUUCAAUGAGGAGGCAUCUGGAGUAAUUGGCCUAGGGUCGGGACCAGGUUCUCUUGUCAACCAAAUGAAUUCUGUGAUUGGUGGGAAGUUUUCCUAUUGCUUACUCUCUCAGUCACACAUAAAAAAUUACAGGUCCAGCAAAAUUUAUUUUGGCAGCAACUCUGUAGUUUCUGGUGCCAGUGUCGUUUCCACCGGCCUACACAUUUUCAGAAACUCCUAUGCUCUGAGGUUUAAAGGAAUAAGCGUCGGGAAAAAGACUCUGGCUAUGACCCAUCUCUCCAAUUCCUCAUCAUCAUCCAAAAUCUUGGGUUUCUUCAACGAACGGAUCAUCAUCGACUCUGGAACCGUUCUAACACAUCUUCCCAAGAAACUUUAUCAACCCCUGGAAGAAGCAAUGAAGAAGGAAAUCAAGUUGGAACAAGCUCAUGCAAGAGACAUGCUUAGGCUGUGUUACAAGACUCCUGAUGGCCAAAUCAGAGGUCCUAUAGUUACAGUGCAUUUUGUUGGUGCAGAUGUUAAGUUGUACCCCACAAACACUUUCCUUAGAGUUUCUGAGGAUGUCCACUGCCUUGGUUUUGUGCCUCAUGAUGGUGUGGCCAUCUUUGGUAAUUUGGCACAGAGGAACUUCUUGGUAGGGUUUGAUCUCAGAAGAAAGACUCUGUCUUUCAAACAAACAGAUUGCAGCAAACAGUAGUUUGGACACUCUGAAACUUUUCUUAUAUGCACCGAGUGCGAUAAUACUAAAUAGUAUGAAUC